UUACACAUCAGCAUGACAGCAAGGAGGAGGGGGAGGAGGAGAGAGGAGCCAUGUGCUUCCUGUCUACACACCAUUCACCUCCCCAGGCUCCAACGGGAUGGAGGUCCUGAGUGCUGCUGCUGCUUACUGCUCUCCACUCAACUGAAAUCCACUCCAUUCUUCUGACGCGUUUCUAAAAACACUAACAUCAUCGCUUCUGUUUGGACUCCUCUGGUUUGGAAUUUCAUCUCUUUAAUAUUUCUAACUUUUUCAUCUCUGGAGCGUGUUGUUUUUAGGAGCUAAAGGUAGGUCAUUCUGAAUAAUUCCUCUAACAAAUUAAAGAAAAUAAUUGUGUGUAUUUGCCUUUUUUUGCAUACAUUAUAUUUCUUUCUGCAUUUGUAUUCAGUUGUGACUCUAAACCCGUUUAGUUGUUCGGAUUAGGACUAUGCAGGCUGCUUUGGUGCGUAUAGCGGCCUCCACGGCCCCGCAGCCGCGGUGCCAACAGUAAGUAAUCCAUGUGAACGUGAGACGGGCCGGCUUCAGCCUACUGCCCAGCGACCGGCCCAGGCUAAUCUGUAUAGCAGCUUUAAUUAUAUAUGGGGCUAGUCUUUUAUUAACAAUGUGAGGAAGCACGCUCGGAUCCGUGUAAUUACCAGGAAAGCAGCUUACAGUUGUUCUUUUCCCCUCCGCUAAGCGCAUUGACGCAGCUCAGGCUGCGUCUUCCUUCUGUCCUUUUCUGUGCGUAAGGAUCUUAUGUGUCUCCUAAAGUAGUUGUCCCGCAAGUGCUGAGCCGAUUUGCAGAUAAGAGGGAGCAGCAGAGGACCACCUCCGUGCAGGAGGCGGCAGGAGAUCCAAAAACACAGAUGAACGCGCUGAUGAGAGGAGCUGUCACACAGCUGAUUGAUUUCACUUUAUGGUUCCCUAAAACGCAUGGCUUCCAGGGAUGGAGUCAAUGCCCGGACAUCUUGGAGACGCGGGACGAGACGCCAGCUCUUCCCCGACCUUAAAGCAAGACGCGCAGAGCUUUUCUAGCUCCAGCUCCCUAAAGCCGAAUCAAGUGAGCGAGACCUCCCUGUACGGGGUGCCCAUCGUGUCUCUGGUCAUAGAUGGAAAGGAGAGACUGUGCCUGGCGCAGAUUUCCAACACCCUGCUGAAAAACUACAGCUACAACGAGAUCCACAACCGGCGCGUGGCUUUGGGAAUCACUUGCGUGCAGUGCACGCCAGUGCAGCUGGAGCUGCUGCGUCGCGCUGGGGCCAUGCCCAUCUCAUCCAGGCGCUGCGGCAUGAUCACCAAACGGGAGGCCGAGAGGCUCUGCAAGUCUUUCCUGGGAGCGCACAGCCCCCCAAAGCUGCCGGAAAACUUCGCUUUUGACGUGUCCCAUGAAUGCGCCUGGGGCUGCAGGGGCAACUUCAUACCCGCCAGAUACAACAGCUCCAGGGCCAAGUGCAUCAAGUGCAGCCUUUGUAACAUGUAUUUCUCCCCCAAUAAAUUCAUUUUCCACUCCCAUCGCACCCCGGAGUCCAAGUACCUGCAGCCGGACGCGGCCAACUUCAACUCGUGGAGGCGGCACCUGAAACUGACGGACAAAAAAAUGUCUGAGGACAUCCAUCACGCGUGGGAGGACGUCAAGGCCAUGUUCAAUGGGGGGAGCAGAAAAAGGACUGUGCCCAUGAGCAGCUCGGGGUUGUCUGCUCCGUUAAAGUCUCAGGCCUCAUCUAGUCUGGUUCCAAGAAGUUCCCCUGAGAUCCCCCACAAAACUUUACGCUGCGACGAGGAGCAGGGGGGGAAUAACUUGAGUUUGGCGAGCGGCGCGCGCAGCUAUCCCGUCAUCCCGGUGCCCAGCAAGAACUUUGGCAUGCUUCAGAAGAUCCCACCGCCUCUGUUCCCUCACCACCCAUAUGGGUUCCCCAGCUACGGCCUGUGUCCGAAGAAGAACGAUGGGGUGCCCGACGCGAACAAAGCCAACGUGCCUGGUGUCUUCUGGCCGGGCGCGAAAGACACCCUCUACCCGGCCUUCCCCAUGUUCUGGCCAGCAGCGGGGGGUCUGCCAAUGCCGCCUUACCCGGGCUCUCCGCCGAAACCUCCUCCAGAGCUGCCAGGCGUCCGGCAAGGUGAGCUGGACCUUUCGGACCUCAGUGACCGGGGCGUGAACACACCCAAAGACCCGCACCCGCAGCACCAGCGGGACAGCGGGGAGCGCAGCCCCAGCUCCCAGUCCUCCUCCACCAGGAACGAUGAGGACAAGUCCGGCGACGAGGCCUCUCAGAGGAAGAUCAGCUACAUCUCAGCUUUCAGACCCGUUGUAAAAGACGCAGAGACCAUCGCCAAACUGUACGGCAACCGGGAUAGCUAUGGUACGCGUUCCGGUUACCUGUCCCCGGAUUUUAUCAGUGAGAGCUCCAGUUACAGAUCGGUGUCACCGGACAGGGACAGCGUGGUAGACGACGACGAUCCUGACGUGGACGUGGAGUCCAACCGUGGACCAGAGGACGACGAUUCGAUCCGGAUCUCUCCGGGUGUGGACCUCCGUGGCUCCCCCGCGCCGGAGCGUGUCUGUUCCGGUGCUGAGGAGGGCCAGGGGCGGCCUGACGCCCCGAGUCCAGGUGCGGCUGCAGCAUCACCGGAGGGCUCGGUUCAGACCGGGUCUUCAGAUGAGGACAGACAGACGCGCCACGGAUCCCCUUUUCACGGGGUGUAUCUUCCUGAGAAGGACGGGCAGGUGCUCCCCCUGAACGAACCUCCUCCUUUUGGCUCCAAACAGCCCAGCAGCCCCCGCAGAACCAGAGGUGUCCGUCACGUGACUGAACUGCAAACUCAAAGAAACGCAGCCUCCUAUCAGGAGCAGAGAGACAGACAAGCUGAGGGAGCUUUGCGCAUCGACAUCAGCGUACAUGAAAGAGAUCUGGAGAACAUGGCCAAAGAGGAGCUGCAGAAGCAGCUGGUGGAACAAGUGGAGCUGAGGAAGAAGCUGGAGAGGGAAUUUCAGCAUUUAAAAGAUAAUUUCCAGGAUCAAAUGAAGCGUGAGCUGUCCUACAGAGAGGAAAUGGUCCAGCAGCUGCAGAUUGUUCGAGACACUUUGUGCAGCGAGUUGGACCAAGAGAGAAAGGCUCGUUAUGCAAUACAGCAGAAGCUGAAAGAAGCUCACGACGCCCUUCAUCACUUCUCCUGUAAGAUGCUGACUCCUCGUCAGUGCACCGGAGCCUGCACCUUCAAGCCCCCGCUCCUGCCCCCUUAGUGCCGCCCCUGUGUUCUGCACCUGACCCUAGAACAGCCAAAAACUAAGUAAAAAUAAAGACCCUACUCCACAUAAAGAUCCACCUCCAGACCUCUCAUGUGUCCGCCCAUAAACCUGAGGAGGACCACCCCCGCUGUACAGAUCCUGACUGGCACCUGAGACUCGGAGGAGUAAGUCCUCCGAGGAGCUGAACUCUUGUGUGAAAGAGAUCCAGUUGUAUGUGAAGCUGCACAGCUCAAACCAAGGAGGGUCCGUGCAUCAAAACUGCUCAUUCGCUAAAAGACAAAUGCAUUAUACACACACACACACACACACACACACACACACACACACACACACAUAUAUAUAUAUAUAAAUAUAUGUCAUGUGACAAUGUGCAAUGGCUGAUAUAUUUUGUGUUUUAAGUUAAAAACAAACCUUUUGAUUUUGUUUUUGUUGCUUCUUUGUACAUGUUAUUUAUCUUGGUUUCAUUUAUAAUUUGUGUUGGGUUUGUUGUUGAGCACUUUAAACAUUUCUGAAUCUGAGGCCCUAAAACCAAAUUUCUUUAUCCAAACCCUGUUUUUGUGUUUUUAAAAGACAGUAAUAAGCACUUACUACUACAGCACUUCGGAUCUGACGUUCAACAAUAAAAGAUUUAUUUCUCUCAUGACGUGUCGCAUAAAAAAGGAGGAUUUUAGCAGAAAUCCCAUCAUCCUCUCUGUUUCAGGGGAUUUUCUAUCCUCUGAGAGUCAGAGCGGACAGAACAAAACCUUUUCUCCCAUCCGUUGGGUCUUUUUUAUAAAACUAUCCAUUCUCACAUUUAACAUUCAUUUUCUCACAUUUGUUGAUUUAUUUUGUAAUUAAAAAAAUUAAAAAAUAAACUAUCAUGAAGACCAGUCCUGAAAGGAGCUAAUGCUGGUUUCUGAUACAAACACAAGAAUUUCCUGUUUAUGUACAAAUGUCACAAUGAAUAAAACCACGAAAGAAAGAGUC